CACCUGCCCUCAGCGUGCGCGUGCGCUGCCGCCCUGGGACGCGGGUCUCCACACAGUCGAGCCGAGUCACUGCACCAGCGGAGACCCCGGGCCCGGCCGGCGCCGCGCGGGACACGUUCUCGCAGGGGGGCGGUGGAACCCGCUUCCCGUGCUUCUGCGCUCGCGACACGGAGGGCGGAAGCGGCGGCACGGAGAGCGGAAGCGGCGGCCCUGCUUCCGGCGCCAGGGGCGCAGCGGGCGCGUCCGGGCUAUGGCGGCGCUCCGCUGGCGGGCCUUUGGUCGGCACUGCCUCAUCCCCCUCACCUGGGCCUGUGUUGCUGGGCAGACUCUUCAUGGAGCACAGAAGAGGGUGACUGCUUCUUUGCUUCGUAGACGGACCAUGGCCUCCAGUGGAGGGGGCCUUGAGGAAACCUAUGUUGAAACCAAAAAUGAUGUUCAGGAACCGGAGUGCAGGACAAAUCUGACUCAGUGCCUCCUUGAGAAGCAGAGGACUCCUGUGGCUCGAGGGUCCUUGGAGCGAGAGGAGGUCGUCCUUUCCCUCGUGGACAUGGGCUUCAGUGAUGUCCACAUUCACGGACUGCUCAGUGUACAACCAGGUACCCACCCUCAACAGUUGCUUGACAUCAUUUCAGAAUUACUACUCUUGGGUUUGAAUCCAGAGCCUGUGUAUGUGGCCUUGAAGAAAAGUCCUCAAUUAUUGAAACUGCCUAUAAUGCAAAUGAGGAAGCGCUCCAGUUACCUGAGGAAGCUUGGUCUUGGAGAAGGGAAACUAAAGAGGAUACUUCAGUGUUACCCUGACAUUUUCACCGUGCGUCAGCGUGACCUUGACAGCAUCGUCAGCGUUCUCAGAGAGAAGUGCCUCUUCACGGGGCGGCAGGUGACCCAGAUUUUGCACAGAUGCCCUCACGUUCUUCGGGAGGACCCUGCUGAACUGGAAUACAAAUUCCAGUAUGCCUAUUUUAGGAUGGGGCUUCAGCACGUGGACGUGGUGAGGACCGACUUCCUGCAGUACUCCAUAGCCAAGACCAGGCAGAGACACGUGUUCCUCGAGCGCCUGGGAAGGGCUGCUUCUAGGUGGCGGCUGUGCACCCUUCGGCCACUCCAGGGGCAUGAUAUGUCGCUGUGUCCGGUCUCAGCGAUGGGAGGAUCGAUCACUGGUUCAGUGCCGGCAGCCUGACUGAUCCAGAAUGAAGUCCCCUUAGGCUCUGCACCUGACGGCUUGAGCGGCCAUGGAGGUGCCGGAUCUGCGUCCCAGACCCAUCGUCUCACUGGGGUCGUAUCUGACCCGACCUGGCGCUCCUGUGCUGUCACUAGCGGGGAAGCCAUCUAUGAAGACCUGCUUCUCCUUGCCCACCACUUGGUCACCGUGCAAGUCCGACAGGCAAGGCUGGAAGGGCGACCCAUUCUCCUUUAUUUGUACACUUGCCCAGCAAGCUGUAAAGUUGAACGCUACGUUAUUCUUCCUUUUUGGAGCAUCAGUGUGAACUCAUGGACUUAAAUAUAUAUGUUACAGCACAUAAAAAAUAUAUAUGACAGACGGGUUUCCAUCUUGCAGCGGUGAGUCUUCCCCGGCCAGAGGGAGCCGGUUCGGUCGGCUUGUGCGCACUUUAGACGCCAUCCCAGUUGUUUUUGAAAGUUCGCAAGUAUGUCCUGGGUUCAUUUUAUUCAGUCUGCUUCAGUCUUGGAAUCAGCCCCUUCUCCAAAGACCCCCGUUCCUUCCAGUGGAGAAUGGCAGCCAGAGCCCACGGUCUGGGCAGCUCUUACUACUACGGGGUGUCAGCGCUUC